CGGUCUCUCUUGGCUCUCUCUCAGUUCAGUGUGCAAAUUGUGUUCGCAGGUUGAUCACAUUAUUUUUUUAGAAUUCCAAGACGGGGUUAGUAAUCUUAAUCCCAUGUGCGAGUGAAAGUUUUUUUUUAAUCAAACAAAAGCGAUAGCAAAUCAAAUUACCAAAAUAAAAACCAUGAAGAUUCUACCCCAGAAAUUUUGUUUUUUCUGCGAUCUCCGGAAAGGUGUUGUGUGGCUUUCCUGGUUCAUGAUGCUUCUCAACAUUCCAGUUGUGGUAUUGAUGUUUCUGAUCAUAGCCCAGAGGAACACCAUCUUCUUUGACCAUCCCAAAUUGGAGAGUAUCCUCAUACCCAUGUGCAUUGUUGAGAUUGCAUGUGCCUUCAUUCAGAUAUUCACCAAUAUUUUCCUCAUAAAUGGAGUGAUAAAGAAAAGCCAUUUGGAUAUGCUGCCCUGGUUGCUGAUAAACAAGAUCACAAUUACGCUCUUUAUCAUCACGGCUAUUUUGAUUGGAAUGGACAUAGGAAUGCAACUUCCUCUUCUAAUCUACAUUGUUAUGGCAUUUAUUGCAGAUCACCAUAGGUCCAUUUUAACAGACAAUGACUGGAAGAAACUCUGGAUGGUGGCAGGAAGUACAAAUUAUGACUCCAAGUCAGAGAAUAAUAUAGAUUCCAGUGAUUCACCUCAAUUUGAGGAUACAGAGAUGUUUGCCCACAAUACGACCGUCCAAUUGGGAGGAACCGCCUUCCUUGUUUGCAAAGUGUCCGGAAUCGACAGAGUGGGUGCUAAUUGGAAUCAAAUUUCCUGGAUACGUCGCCGUGACUGGCACAUCCUCUCGUCAGGGGUCCAAAUGUACACAAAUGACGAGCGAUUUGCCAUUUUGCACACACCCGGUUCCAAUGUCUGGACACUUCAAAUAAAGUUCGUCCAGCGUCGUGAUCAUGGGAUGUAUGAGUGCCAAGUAUCCACAGCCAGUGGGGUCAUAUCGCACUUUGUCAACCUACAAGUGGUAGUCCCUGAAGCCUUUAUCCUUGGCAAUGGGGAAUUGCAUGUGGACAUGGGCUCUACCAUUAAUCUUGUGUGCAUUAUUGAAAAGAGUCCACAGCCACCACAAUAUGUAUACUGGCAGAAAAAUGAUCGAAUGAUCAAUUAUGAUGAUUCACGGCGUGAUAUCACAAUUGAAACAUCACCUGGACCACGCACCCAGAGUCGCCUCAUAAUCCGAGAACCACAGAUCGGUGACUCGGGCAAUUACACGUGUUCAGCCAGCAAUACAGAACCUGCCAGUAUCUACGUAUUUGUAUCCAAGGGUGACAAUAUGGCAGCUAUUUCCAGACGAAAAACCUCAUCUGCCAAUUGUAUCGUCACUUGCAUUGGCAAUCCCGUGGGUAUUUGCAUCUCUGCCGUCAUUCUCAUGAGUAGAAUCUUUCUCCAGUUUGGUCUGGCUGGUCGUUGAGCAACAUUUAAACCACAAUACCCAACAUUAAAAAAACAUAGGAAAGAAAUUAACAGAAGGUAAAAGAAAAAAAACAUUCUGCAACACUGAAUUAGAUUUCAGAACACUUUAGUGAGUAAAAAAAAACAAUUGUUAAUAUCUCCAUAAAAAGGACAUUACAAAAAAAUACAGAGAUUAAAAAAAAUAAUAUUUCUACUAAUUAUAUACAGAAAAAAAAAAUGGUGAAAAGAACUACAAAAAAAAUUCAGUAUAAAUGUGUACAUAGAUAAAUUUACAUUAUAUAUAUAUAUAUAUUAAACAAUAGGGAGAGGGCCAAGGUGAAAACACAUUAAUUAUGAACUUACACGAAAUCAGCAAAGAUGAGGGGGAAUGAGUAAUAUAGUAAAAGUACGUUAGAAGAAUAUUAUUAAUGUGAAUUACAGAGAGAAAAAACAAGAAAUAACUUAAUCAAUACCAUCAAUUUCUCAGCAAGAAAUUCACCAUCCACAUCAAAUAAAUAAAAAAAGCAAACCAGGUUUUUAAAUAAACUCAUCAAAUCCAGAGAGAAUAAAAAACUGAAUAGUCCAAUCAUUGAAAAUGCUACGAGAUACGAGAUUGAAUUGACAAAAUAAAACAAAAAAUAAUUGAAAAAAAAAUCGAGGUAAUUUGUGAAACACAUAGCUAAUUGAUAGUCUUUUUAUCAGAAAGAUGAAAAAAAACAUAAACAAAUUGUUUCAUAGGAGAUAGACACAAAAAAAAGGAUUAAAACAUGAAUGAGAAAAUUCUCUCUCAUUUUGUGAAUUUCUGACCAAUUUUUGAUGAAACAAAAACUACCAAAAAAAGCAAGUUAAUAUAAAAAAAAGAAGAAAUGGAAAUCAAGUAUAAAUAAUUUUUUGUGUAAAUAAUGUAAAUUGGUGGACGAUUGACUCCGUGUCCUGCGUGUGUUGAAUAUUUCAGAUAUUCGCGUUAUUUAUUUUACCUUCUUGAUUUUCCCUUCGACAGAAAUUUCAUUUGUUUUUUGUUGUUGUUAUCGUGUUCCGGGGAUCAAGCCCUCUUACCCCACUCUAAAUCAAUUGAACAUCCC